AUGAUCACAUGGUCCUCAGAUAGCAAGACCCUUCUGUGUCACGUUAUCAAAUGCUGGUAUCGGUAUGUUGUUCUCCGACGGAAAAAACGCUAUUUACGCCGAGUGGCUAGCUUACAUUUUAUCGAACGGACACGUCAUUACCGAUUGAUCGAAUGGUAUCGAAUUUGGGUCGAACAGACUGCGGUGCAUUUGGAACAUGAACAAGCUGUGAUACAUUGGCGUUUAAGUAUUCUCUAUCAAUGUUUUCGAAAGUGGUACGGCCAGUUGGUUCGCUCACGACAACUAGAGGAACGCGCCAUGCAAAUGAGGGCGGAGGCUGACAGAACACGUCUACGUCUGGUUCUGUCACGCUGGCAUGCCUACCAACGGCGUAACCACAGAAACAAAGCCAUUGUGGCUCAUAAGCUUCGAAUUCACGAUUCCCAAUUGUUAGGCAUUUGUUUCAACAAUUGGAAGCACUGGACCUGUAACCGUACAGAACAAGCUAUACUCAUCCGGAACUUCCUAGUUGCCAAACAAAGUCGUCGAUUGAAACAGAUUUUCUCAUCGUGGCAUGCAUGGACUGGGAUGCAACGUGAGAAACGUGAACAGAUGCAACAGGCUGAAUUCUCUUUCCGUGAAAAGUCUCGCACUCUUGCGUUGCACAGUUCGUUCAAUCGGUGGUCCCAAUCCCUCGCAAUGAAACGCAAUCUGGAGUUAGCCCAUCAGCACGCUCUACAUCGCUUGAUGCACACCACUUUUCAUCAUUGGCGAGCCUGGUGUGCGAUGAACAGGGAAAAGUUACGAAUGAAGCUCGCAGCAAAUCGAUUUCAUUCGGUGACGUUACAAAUGACAACAAUCAAAAAUUGGUAUGAAAAAUACAAAGAAUCUUGUCGGUUGCGGAAACUGGGUCAGAUUGCGCUGUAUCGUUGGUCCUUAUGUUUGCAGGCUCAAGUAUGGACUGCAUGGCGUUUGUGGGUAAAGCAGAAAAAGGAGAAACGUUCUCGACAGGAAUUUGCUAUUCACCGGUUUCGAGAGUACCUUGCCAAGGAGGCUUUCGCGACCCUGAUCCGUGCAGCUAUGUUAGAACGCCAGAGAACGCAGAUUGAGUUCUGCCAUCGUUUCUGGGAUUCUGACUUUAGGACCUUUCAUUUGGCUCUAAAUGCAUCAAGACACUGGCGUUUCUGGACCAGACGCCGCGUGCAACAUUUUGCCACACAGUCACACCUUACUCCACAUUCUGUCUCACGACAAGUGACCGUGGAACUCGACGACAACAUGAGUUUGUCAAUCACCUGUCAUGGGAAUCCCUCAAACGAGGCGGAAACUCCUAUUGCGCCCAAUGUCCCCAAUAAUGUUCCAUAUGGUGCGUUUGACUUGCAACCCGCGUGUCCGGAUUUCCUCUUACCGGACCUGGAAGCGCAAGGAAUACUUCCCACGAUCCAACCGGAAGCACACUAG